UCUCUCUAUAUAUAUAUAUAUAUAUAUAUCACCAACCUCACUAUGCUCUUUGAGAGCAGACAAUGGGAGCAUAUCAAUAACUUUAACCCUGCCCACUUCCUGAACGAUGAGUUUGUGAAACCAGACGCCUAAUAAUAAAUAGCUUCUGACACCAGUUCUAUCAAUCACACCCUUGCAGUUGAAUGAGAGGAGGCGAGGGUAGACUAUCGAGAUGCAGCCUAAGGUUUGGUGUGCAACCUAACUAUGGUUCGAGAGGCUAUGGCCACAUUAGAAUGUGAGUCAGGAAUACUGUCAUCUUUAUUUCUAAAGCGAAACUGAGCUGCUCAGUGGGUCUACAGGUGUCUGAGGUUUGCUAUGUACAUUGUUUGUCACUGGCGUUUGGUUAUGACUUUAUAUAACUGUUGUUAGUAAUGUAUACAUGACAAGUCAGGCAUCAGCCACCUCUGGGCAAGAAGCUUGUUUUAAUAAGCAAACAGUGAGAGACAAAGAGAACAGUAACAGUGAAAUAUGAUGCAACUAGAGGCCAGUGAGGUUUCGUACUCUACUAUACACUGUAUUCAGCAAUCAAAAUGUAACUCAUAAUCUGGUGUGUGUGUGUCAGGUUCUUGUGUGUGUGUGUCAGGUUCUCUUGUGUGUGUGUCAGGUUCUCUUGUGUGUGUACCGGGGAGCUGCUGGCACGCAUGGAUCUCUUCCUCAUCCUGGUCACUCUGCUGCGGUGAUUCCACUUCCUGUGGCCAGAGGAUGCUGGGAAGCCAGACUGCCCAAACCCAACAGGGUAUUAGUCAGACUGAGAGGAAACCAGAGAGCCUGAUGGAGCAAGUGUUACCCUAAAAUAUGUCCCCACAUGAUUCUGGGGCUACCACAUCUCCAAUCUCUCUGCCAGAGCAAGAAAAACACAAACUCUUCUGUUGGAGAAGUGUCAGGUCAGUCAGCAGGAUGUACCAGCAUGGUGGAGGUCAUGGAGGAGGUCCUCAGGAGGUCGCGCUAACAGACGAAGAGAAGGAGAUCAUCAACAGUGUUCUGGCUCGGGCUGAGACCAUAGAGGCCAUGGAGCAGGAGAGGAUCGGGCGUUUUGCCACUAGGUUGGACAGUAUGAAGAAGACUGCGUGUGGAGAUGGUCAGUCUCGUUGUCUGCUGUGUGGAGAGACGUUUGGACAGCAGGGAGUCACCUCUGUACUCUGUUCCUACUGCAAGAAGCACAUGUGCAGUAAGUGUGGGAUUCAGAACAGCCGUUCGUCAUCUCCAGUGUGGGUUUGUAGGAUCUGCAGUGAACAUCAAGAAAUGUUGAAGCGUUCUGGAGCAUGGUUCUUUAAGGGACAACCCCAGCAAGUCCUCCCUGCUCCCCUGCCCAUCUCCAGGCCCAGAGGGACAGGUUCAGAGAGCCCCCGUACCCAGACCCCUACCCAUUCCCACCACCAGCCCAGUGCCCAGCCCUAUCCCCGUACCCAGCCCAGCUACCAGUCAGACCCUGGUGCGGAGGACUACACAGAGCGGCAGGAGCAGCAGGAUAACUCCUACUCCAACAUACAAAACCAAGAGCCCACUGAUGAGCCCCCAUACUCCAGUUCGGAGCAACAGGACCCAGAGGGCAAUAGCUCUGCUCAGACACUAGAGGGUGUUGCUGAGGCCCAGGUUAGCCCUGCCGUGGUGGAGGAAGUGGUGAAGAUGGAAAGACAGUUAGGCUCCAGACCUCCCACAGUCAGGGGAAGAGAGAACCCACCAGCUCCAGCUGACACAGUCACAGCACAGGCCCCUGCACCACAGAAGAGCAGAUGCCCACAGCAGAGAGAGGAGAGAGCGCCACCUCUAGUCAGGGAGGAGAAACCCACUCCUGCCCCCAAAACCAGCAUGGCACCACCAACAGGCCCCGCUCCCAACGAAGACAAUGACAACGAAUACGACUCUGAUGAAUCCACCACGCUGGGGUUGCUGGAGUUCAUUCUGCAUUAUGAACAGGGGAACAAAACGCUGCACUGCAACAUAGUCAAAGCCAAGGGUUUAAAGCCGAUGGACUCUAACGGACUAGCAGACCCCUACGUCAAGCUCCACCUCUUACCUGGAGCCAGUAAGUCUAACAAGCUGCGUACUAAGACCCUGAAGGGCACUCUGAACCCAGUGUGGAAUGAGACUCUAGUGUACCACGGUAUCACUGAUGAUGACAUGCAGCGCAAAACACUACGGCUGUCGGUGAGUGAUAUGGACAAGUUCGGACACAAUGAGUUCAUAGGAGAGACGCGUGUUGCUCUGAAGAAACUCAAAGCCAACCAGAUGAAGAACUACAGCGUGUGUCUAGAGAGGGUGGUCCAGGUGAAGAAGGCAGGCACAGGAGGUUCAGCCCGGGGCAUGGCUCUCUACGAGGAGGAGGUAAAGGAGGAUGAAGCAGAGGAGAGGGGUCGUGUCCUGGUCUCUUUAACCUACAGCACCCAGCAGGGUCGUCUGAUAGUGGGAGUGGUGCGCUGUGCUCACCUGGCAGCUAUGGACUCUAAUGGAUACUCAGACCCUUUCGUCAAGAUCUGCCUGAAACCAGACAUGGGGAAGAAAGCCAAGAACAAGACACAGAUCAAGAAGAAGACCCUCAACCCAGAGUUCAAUGAGGAGUUCAGCUAUGAGAUCAAACAUGGUGAGCUGGCCAAGAAGAUCCUGGACAUCUCCGUUUGGGACUAUGACAUGGGAACAUCCAACGAUUUCAUUGGUGGAUGCCAGCUGGGCAUCACAGCCAAGGGGGAGUGUCUGAAGCACUGGUACGAAUGUCUCAAGAACAAAGACAAGAAGAUCGAGCGCUGGCACGUCCUCCUAAAUGACAACACCGCCAAAGACACGGACGACUGAGAGACAACCUCGUCCUCCUCCUCCCUUGUCUUCUUCUUCCUCCCAUUUCCUCUUCCUCCUCCCUCCUAAAAAGCGUUUUCUAAUUUCUUAUUAAAUAUAAUAUGUUGUCUUCCAAUCAUCCAAUUGUUUUUAAAAGUAUUUAAAUUGUAAAGUAUUUUUGUCUAAUGUUGUUUCGUUACGUGUCGGAACCCAGGAAGACAAGCUGUCUCCAUUGGAGUCGGCAAAUGGGAUCCUAAUAAAAUCACAAAUCAUAAUCUAGGUCUUCCAACUUUCAGUAAUGUGAACCUGAAUUAGCAGCAAAUUAAGGCUCUCACACUUUUUACAACUUCAUUCUUCUUGUGCAGACAUAAUUCUUAUUGGAUUCAUGUACUUAUCAACACAGUAUUUCCAGUGAAACAUAAAGAAACUGCAACAGAAUAUCUCCCGUAUUUCAGGCAUGCUUUACUGCUUCUGGGGGAAAGUGAUCUCUUUCACUUAUCUCUAAAACCUGGAAACCGGAUUUCAAUGAACAGGGUGCUAAAGUAUGUUGUUAAACAAUGUGUUGUUACACCAUCCUUACCUAUCUGUCUCAACGCAAGGAAUUCCCCUCCUCUCUUACCAUAGGCAUGAUAUAGAUUACAUCAUAUAGAUUGCAUCAUUGUCUCUGACCCCCACCCUGGAUUUUGCUGUACAAUGUUAUGAUGUGGUCAUAAUCUGUGUUCUAAACUUCAAUACUGUGAUGUUAUGACACAGUCAUACAGAUGUAGGAUCUUAAUUGUAUCACUCUUUUGUUGCUGAGAAUUAUCCUGCUAUGCAGUAGUGUAUUUGAGUUUUAAAAAGGCUUCUAAAGUUUGUAAUUUCCACUUUGAAAUGUCAGACUUGAUUUGCUGUAACGGCUGUUGUUGGUGGA